AUGAGUGAAAAAAAAAUAAAAGUCGUGCUUGAAUCUGAAGACGACUGUGUCAUUUUUGUAUCAAAUGAAGAUGCAGACAAGUUGCCAAGUGAGGAGUCAGAUUUUGUUCUUGCCCUCGACAACGAGGAAACCUUUGAUGGCUCUGAAAUACAAUUUGGACCCAUUUCUGGUUAUGAUGGUGAUGAUCUAGACUCCACUCUACCCUGGAAUCCUGAUGACCUCAGCGCUAUGCAGCAUUCAUCACUGAACAACAGACCUGACGUUUUAAACAGGAUUCUUCAAUCACCGGAGCAAACUGAAAAAGAAGUCCAACAUGUGAAAUUAAGACAAGUAAACAUAUUUCAAGAUGUGCUUAAUGUUUUCAUGGAACCAAAAGUAUUGGAGGCUGAUUUAAAAAUGGAGUUAAACAAUGAGAAAGCAGUGGACAGUGAUGGUGUAUCAAGAGAGGUGUAUUCUGCUUUCUGGGAACACUUUUUGGAACAGUGUGAGGGGGAAGAUGAACGAGUGCCCAGAUUGCGACCUGACUAUUCUGAGAAGGAAUGGCAAGCUGUUGGAAGGGUUUGGUUGAAAGGAUAUUUGGACCAUAACAUCAUCCCAAUCAAACUGUCACCAGCAUUUAUUCUUGCUUGUUGUCAAGGAGUCCGUUCAGUGGAUGAAGAACUCUUGAUAAGGUCAUUUGCUAGAUUUCUUUCAGUAUCUGAGCGAGCAGCAGUUGAAAAAGCACUGCAAGGCAACAUGGAUGAAACUCAUGAAGAAGACUUACUUGAUCUUUUCUCAAGAAUGGGCUCACACAGUCUGCCUUCUGAAGACAACCUCCGCUCUGCCAUUUUAACAAUGGCACACAAAGUUCUUCUUCAAGAGCCCAAGUUCAUAAUUGACUGUUUCCACUCCUGUAUGCACAAUGUCGAACCUAUGCCCAUAACAAAAGACAGCAUAAUUGAACUUUAUGAGACUAAGAGGGCAACUAACAAGAAAGUGGCCAAGAUCAUAAAGCCAUCAAGUGAGAACUUGAAUCAACAGGAGCAGACAGCCCUUAACCACCUGCUACGGUAUGUAAGAAGCAUUGACCAAAGAAAACUGGAGAUCUUCUUACGCUUCUGCACAGGAUCCACAGUACUGUGCAAAGACACGAUUGAAGUAACUUUUAACAAGUUGUGUGGUUUAAGUCGCAGACCAGUGGCACACACAUGUGGGGCAGUUCUUGAAUUACCAUGCACCUACAAUUCAUACCCAGAGUUUCGUGCAGAGUUUGACAACAUCCUGUCUAACGAUUGCUUUACAAUGAAUAUUGUGUAA